AUGAACAAUAAUAAAUAUAUGGAUAUUUUUUCACCAGUUAAAUCUACUCGUAGGAAAAAUGUUUAUAUGGAAGAUGUUGAAGCAAACAACUCUUCAGAAACUACACCAUCCAGGAUGCUUACGAGUAUAAGUAAUCUAGGUUCUUUUAAUAGUAGUAGUAAUAAUGCCACUACUUCUAUUAAGGAUGUUAUUAAAUCUACUCGUAGGAAAAAUGUUUAUAUGGAAGAUGUUGAAGCAAACAACUCUUCAGAAACUACACCAUCCAGGAUGCUUACGAGUAUAAGUAAUCUAGGUUCUUUUAAUAGUAGUAGUAAUAAUGCCACUACUUCUAUUAAGGAUGUUAUUCUUGAAAAUGUUGUCAGCGAAUGUUUGGAUGACUUUAAAACCACAUUGCAUAGAGAUAUUAUGGAUAUGCAUAGCAGCAUUGAAGAGAUGUUUAAAAGUUAUUGUGGUGAUGUGGAAGCAUUGAGAGAAGAAGUUAAACAAUUAAUUGAAAGAAUUUUGAGCGGAAAUCGCAAUCAAGAUCAAGUUGAAGUAGCAGCAAACAACGAUAUUAACACAUUAUUAAACGAUGUUUCUUCUCUCCCACCACCGCCUCCGUACACAUACUUACCUGGUCAAAAAAGUAUUUCGCAACUACCAAAAUAUGAAGAUGAAGAUACUUUGGUUGGGUUGUCUUUUAAAUAUGGUGUUGAGAUUAAAGACAUUAGGAAAGCAAAUUUAUUUUUUGAUGAUAAUAUUUUUGCUCAUAAAUUUCUAAAGAUUCCAAAAUAUAUUGGGCCGUCCUUAUCAGAAAAACCUUCGGUGGAAGAUGGUAUGUAA